UUGAGUGAGAAUUCCUAAAGAAGCCUCCUUUCUGUUGCCUGGUGUCAACUUUUCUUCUUCAAAAGGGAAACUUUCUCGGGAUUUGGUUUCGCUUUCUUGGGGAAAAGGAAAUGAUGAAUCCGAAAAGGGAGACAAGAAAGCUGUUCCCAGGGGUUUACUUCUUCUUCUUCAUCUAUUUGCUCGUCCUCUCUGCUCGCUUUCAACCCUCAGAAGCUACCAAAGAUUCGUCAGUUCGACAGGUCAAGUUACAGAAUCAUCGACUUGGCUCCUCUAUCGUGUUUCCUGUCUCCGGGAACGUUUACCCUCUUGGGUACUAUUAUGUGUUGCUUAAUAUAGGAAACCCACCAAAGCUCUUUGACUUGGACAUUGACACUGGCAGUGACCUCACUUGGGUUCAAUGUGAUGCACCCUGCAACGGAUGCACAAAGCCUCUUGCUAAUCAGUACAAGCCUAAUCGCAACACUUUGCCUUGUUCACACCUCUUGUGUUCUGGCCUAGACCUUCCCCAGAGCAGACCUUGUGCUGACCCUGACGAUCAGUGUGACUAUGAAAUUGGGUAUUCUGAUCAUGCAUCGUCUGUUGGGGCUCUCGUUACUGAUGAGUUUCCUCUGAGACUCGAAAAUGGCUCCACUAUGCAUCCCCAUUUGACAUUUGGAUGUGGGUAUGAUCAGCAGAACCCUGGUCCACACCCUCCUCCCCCAACAGCAGGAAUCCUUGGCCUUGGCAGAGGCAAAAUAAGCAUCUCAUCACAGCUUAGUUCCUUGGGGGUAACAAAGAAUGUGAUUGUACAUUGCUUCAAUCAUAAUGGUAAAGGCUUUCUCUCUAUCGGAGAUGAGCUUGUUCCUUCUUCUGGCGUUACAUGGACUUCAUUGGCUCGUAAUUCACCUAGUAAAAACUACAUGACUGGACCAGCAGAGCUUCUCUUUAACGACAAGACUACAGGUGUCAAAGGCAUUAACUUAGUUUUUGAUAGUGGAAGCUCGUACACUUACUUCAAUGCUGAAGCAUACAAAGCAAUUCUCGAUCUUAUAAGAAAAGACGUUAAGGGGAAGGCUUUGAUGGACGCAAAAGAAGAUAAAAGCUUACCGGUCUGUUGGAAAGACAAAAAACCUUUGAAAUCAGUUCAUGAUGUCAAGAAAUACUUCAAGACGAUUACUUUACGAUUUGGGAGUCAAAAAAGUGGUCAGCUAUUUCAUGUUCCACCUGAGUCAUAUCUCAUUAUCACUGAAAACGGAAACGUGUGUUUGGGUAUUCUAAAUGGAACUGAAAUCGGGCUCGAAAACUACAAUAUCAUUGGAGACAUAUUUUUCCAAGGGAUAAUGGUGAUCUACGACAAUGAGAAGCAGAGGAUUGGAUGGAUUCCUUCAGACUGUAACAAGCUUCCUAAUUUGGAUCAAGACUACGGAGAAAAUUUGUCGGAGGAGGCAUAUCCAAGAGGGUUUGGUUUUCUAGGAGGGCUUUUCUCAGGAACUGAUUCUUCUAAAAACAAGAACUUGGUCUCAGAUGGAGAGCUAUGACACAGAGAAGAGUUUUUAGUCGUUCUAAUAAUAAAAAAAAAAAAGUAAAAACUUUUUGAGGUUAUGCGGUUAUCAUAGAAACAAGGAAAUAUUUUGUGAAUAUAUAUACCCCUUGUGUAUCA